AUGUCGUCAAACCCAGAAGAAGGCUCGCAACCGAGUCCUUGGACCAGCGAUGCCAAGAAGAAAUUCGAAACGAAAUCCAAGAGCGAGUUUUACGAUCCGUGCCAGGAGGCGGCGCAGCGAAGCUACAAGUGCCUAUAUAGAAACAAUGGCGACAAAGCCAUGUGUGCCGACUAUUUCCAGGCGUAUCGCGAGUGCAAGCAAGCUUGGACGGAAAAGCGAAAGAAGGACUCCGGCAGCUUCUGGUGA